CGUCUAUCGUGCCGAACGCCCGUCAACAACAUGGAAAUACACGUGCGGUCAUCACCUAAACCCUCAACCUCUUCUCUCCCUCUCACAGCCAAACUCCAUCUACACAUAUCCCUACCCCCGUCUGCUCCUACCGCUCAUUCCACCUACCACGAAGCCCAGCCUCCAUCCUCAUCGGUUUGCUUCAUUAAUAUCGUUCCAUCAUGCCCGGUAGCGCAGAAAGCCAAUCUAUUAGACUUGAAAUCAUCGGUGCAAAAAAUGUUCAAGUCCCUUCCAAGCGCAUGCCCGCUGGUAUUUACAUAUCCAUCAAUGUCGAUUUCAGGAGACGCUGGAAAUCAGCCGUCAGAGUCUUAUCAUCCGAUAAAUCUGUAGCAUGGGGAGAUUCCGUGACCCUAACACAGGCAUCACCUUCUUUAUCAGUGGAGAUCAGAGCGUCCUUUGAGCUCGAUCGAAUGCUGGGAAAUGGUGAAAUCAUUGGAAAACUUCAAACAUCGUGGGAUGAGUUACUCGAUCAUGGAGAUGAACCAUUCGAACUGUCCUUCCCACCCAUCGGUGGUGUCACUCCUUCGCUCACACUGAUGGCCGCUGUUGUACACGCUUGCGAUAAUCAGGACAAUGCACUAUUUGACUCCCUCGUAGACUGCAAGAUUGCUCGAGAGACGGAGGCGGGCUACGCACGAUAUGCCGAAUACAUUACCAGCAAGACAGUCUCUCACCUGAACGAUGCUUUACAGCAUUUUCAGUCGGUUCUGGGCCGUUGUUCGGUCGACCAUCCUGACCACGCAGCGGCUCUAACCAACCUCGCGUAUGCCCGUCUUCUAGGCUAUAUUCGAAACGAACUUCAAGACAUUGAUACCACCACUUCCCUCUUCCGCGAAGCCCUUGCAUUGCGUCCGCAGGGCCAUCCCAACCACACAUUAUCUCUCUAUAAUCUCAUUACAGCAUUGAACUGGCGCCACAGCAAGGAGCGCACCGCCGUCUUCAUUCACGAAUGCCUGCAGCUGUGCUACAAGCUACUGCCCCUCUGUCCGGAGGGCACCUACCUCCGUAGCAUCGGCGUUGACAGCGCGGUCGAUUAUGUGACCAAUAAAUGCAACAAUCUUCCGAUUGAUGCAUCUGAUGAAGGCAUCCGCCUUCGACGAGUCGUGCUCGAGCUUUGCCCUCUGGGCCAUCAACGACGUCCCGGGGCCCUCACCGUUCUUGCACUCGCACUCAAAGCACGAUUUCGAGAACGCGGCAGCAUUGAUGAUCUAGAAGAGAGCAUACAACUUGGUCGUGAAGCCGUUUCUCUGUGCCCCGAGGGACAUUCUGACCGAGGAAAAUCCCAUGACCUCGACGAGGUCAUCUCCAUGAACGAAGAAGUGCUGCGCCUGUGGCCUGUUGGGCACAAAUUUCGUGAUUUCUCAUUGGACAACCUAGGGAGCGCUCUCUACACCCGUUUCCACAAACGCGGUGACGUUAAUUAUAUCAACCGAGCUGUCAGCUUCUACCGCGAGGCACUGACAUUGCGCCCACCUGGGCAUCCACAUCAUGACACCACACUUAACAACCUUGCCCUCGCGCUCAAAACCAGAUAUGACAAACUGCAUGUCAUCGAGGAUCUUAACGAGGCCAUUGAUCUGUAUCGCGAAUCUCUUCGGGUAAGGCCGCUAGACCAUCCAGAGCGCCAUAGAAUUCUUAUCAAUUUGAGCUCGGUGCUCUGCUCUCGUUUCACCCGAAUUCGGCAGAAUGAGGAUGUCGAGGAAGCUAUUCGACUCUGCCAAGAGUCGUUGGUGGUUUUGCCUUUACUGCACCCGGAUAGAUACUUCGGUUUGAUGUGGCUGCAGGAAGCCUAUCUGUCUCGUUACCAGGUACAACGCAACCCCCCUGAUUUGUCGCUCGCUGUAGAGCACUACAGACUCGCGUCACGACACCCUACUCAAGGAUUCCCACAACGCAUUAUUCGGGCAUAUAAUUGGACUAUCAAAGCGGAGCAGCUUGGUGAUGGAUCCGCACUGGAGGCUUACUCAACAUUUUUCGAGCUUCUGGAUGCUCAUUUGGGAACGCGAUCAUCAACCACCUCGCGCCGCGAAGCUGCCGCUGCCUUCCACUAUGCCAGAUCACUACCUGUAGACGCAGCAUCGUGUGCCAUCCGCAGUGACAAUCUCCGACGUGCAGUCGAACUUGCGGAGCAGGGUCGUGGACAACAGUGGUCAUUGGCCUCUCGUCUUAAGACUCCAGUUGAAGAACUCGAAGCGGGGUAUCCACAUCUAGCCCGCAAAUUUUUGGAGCUGAGCAAGCGCGUUUCCAACACCGCUCAGGGUUCUGCAGCCAUCACCGACAGAGCCGCCGCUGAUCAAGCAGCAACAGAGUAUAGGAGACUUACCACGCAAUGGGAUACUGCUGUAGCUGACAUCCGUAAUCUCCAAGCUUUCUCGCGGUUCCUACUUCCGCCUUCGUACGAAGACUUGCAGGUUGCAGCUCGCACUGGCCCGGUCAUCAUCCUCAUUGCCAGCAAAUACUCGUGCAGUGCCAUCAUUGUCCCGACGUCAGGAGAGCCCCAUAAUGUUGCCUUGCCAUCUAUCACUCUCACAGAUCUCGAGGAUCUCAAGGAUCGGUUCGCCAGGGCAAUACCGCAAGCAUCAAAGAUGGGCCUAAAGCAGCCACGCAAUGAUCUGAUUGUCCUCUUACGGGCGGUGUGGGACGAUAUCAUGUUACCCGUCGUCAACGUACUCGAGCAUGUCCUCGCAUUAAAGCGCCAGUCUCGAAUCUGGCUGUGUCCAACUGCGGCCUUCACAUCCAUUCCUCUUCACGCAGCUCACCCCUUUCGAACGAAGGCAGAUCGCUCUGGGAAGGAGCCGUGCCUAGAGGAUCUCUACAUAUGUUCUUACACGCCGACACUUUCGGCGCUGAUCAGAUCUAGGCAGAUGAUGAAGAAACGCCGUGUGCCUCCAUCCUUUGUGGCGGUUGGGCAAGGUCAACCGAGUGGAGGGAAUGGCAAGGAGCUCUUAGCUGUGGACAGCGAGCUCGAGCUUGUCCAUAAGCUCGUCCCCGCGACGGCCAAUCGUUCCACUGUUUCUGGCGACGCAGCCACACGAGCAGGUGCACUUGAAGCCCUGGAACAGAACACCUGGGUGCAUCUCGCAUGUCACGGCAAACAGGACCACCAACAGCCUUACGAUUCUCAUUUCGUCAUGAAGGACGCACCUCUGACGCUACUCGACAUCAUGGAGAAAGAUAUUCCGCACGCUGAGUUCGCGUUCUUAUCAGCGUGUCAUACCGCUGUCGGCGACAAGGAAACGCCUGACGAAGUCAUCCAUCUCGCAGCUGGACUUCAGUUUUCAGGGUUCAAGAGCGUCAUUGGCACGCUGUGGGAGGUUGAUGAUGCUGUCGCCAAACACGUCGUUGAAGCGUUCUACGAGCAUAUGGUCAAGAAGUUGGGGGAUGGCGAGUUUAUGGACUGUACGAAGGCGGCUUGGGCACUGAACCGUGCUACUCACGCCGUGAAAACGAAAGUGCCGCUCGAGCAAAGAAUGGUUUUUAUUCAUAUUGGUGUGUAG